CAAAAGAAUGAACAAUGACAAAAAGAUUUAAAGGAUGUCUCCGAUACGGGGAAUCGAACCCCGAUCUCCUGUGUGAAAGACAGCCAAGCAGCAAUCGGCGCUGCAAGAGAAGCAUCUUCUACACUGCUUCCGUGUGGCUUUCCUAUAUAUGCCUUCGGCUUCUAGCUCCCAUGCUUGUCCCUAUUCAGGUCUGGCUUUCCUAGGUCGAACUACUCAUGGUUAAGUAUCGUUGCGGUACCUUGGCUCAUACAGCGACUCAUAUUUUCGUUGCGGGUAGUCUAUCGGAGCUACAUAUUGCCUUCGCUGUGUACGAGGUUAUGUGGUCGCGAUAUGACAUCGAUAUCUCUGUCUCUUUUGUCCGCCUGCCAUUGUAUGCUAGAAUCGGGCUCCGGUGUCUUAGCUGCGUGGGUCUACAUUGCUUGAAUGGGUCGGAGGGGGG